AUGAAGAUCUUGCACCACCUUGCGCCGCUUUUCGCGGGCCUGCUCAUCCUGGCAUGCUUCAUGGAUUCUGUCCACGCAUCCAACCUCGUCACUCGCAGCGAUGGCACUUUGGCUCAGCUUCAAGCUACUAGCGGAGUCCCGUCCGCUUCCCAUGACAUCGACAUCCAUGGCAGCGAUAUGAAAUCGUCUUCAAUCCACGACUCUACCCCAGCUACCAUUACCGGUUCCGCUCACGACAAGCCUCUCGAGCACUUGACGUCCGUCAUGUCCCGCAACGCUACUGAGCCCAGCUUUACCAAUCUCGGUCACUCCACAAGCUUCGAUAGCUUCUCGGCUAUUACGAGCCUCCCCGCACCGACCGAUUCCAAGGCCUUUGCCAAACCGGUCGGUAAGGCGACGAAGCCCAAGGAUAGCGGGACGGACAUGAGCUUUCACUCUCCGGCGCCCACCUCCACACGUCCCGAUACCAGUGGACUUCCUACCGCUACGGACCUGCCUGAGACUUUCUCAUACAGUUUUGCCGCCGAAAUGUUCGACCAGCACCUCAAUUAUCCUAACAGUCCGGGCUACGAUCCCACCAAGCUCAUCUCGGUCGAGUGCGAUGACUGCUCUAUGAAGGGCUCGAUUGACAUCAAGCAGGGAGGGUGGUCCAUGUCUGACGGUAACCUUCAGCUGGGCUUCCUCGACAUUUCGCUUCACGACUUUACCAACGAACUGAAGUUCCGUGUUCAAGGCAAUGAUUCGGGUUCGAUGCUCUACGCUGCGGUUGCUAACCAGGGGAGCGGCGCAUCGCCCGCCGCCGGCAUCCACAUCCCAGGAUUUGGCAAGGCCGGUAUCGUCAUUCAUCCAGAGUUUGUCAUCGACUGGAACUUUACGGAUCCGCUCACGGUCGGCUACAAUGCAGCUUGGGCCACGUUUGGUGACCACGUCAUCCACCUGGACUUCAACAACAUCAGUGCAUUUACUUAUGUGCCACCCGAUCCGGCCCAGUCCUCCUCAAGCGUCUUCUGGUCGCGCUCCAACCAGACGGAGGACGGCAACUCGACCAUCACAGUUGGCACCCGCGUGCACAUCGACGUUGUUCUGGGCUCCAUUCCAGCCGGCAUCGCGGCAGAGGCGGCCAUCGACCUUGGUCUUCCCUACAUCGAUCUCACCACCAACGUUUAUCCGAGCAGCGAGUACGACACCGCUUGCAAUGACACCUUCGGCUACCAGAAGGAAGAGUCGUGGGUCACGGGCAACUUCACCGACAUGUACCCUCUCAUGGUGCGUGGCACCGACCGGGCACGCAUUGGCGUUGAAGUCGACGCCACGACGUUUCCCAACAUGACCAGGGACUCUCAGCUUCACAGCAACUGGACCGAUGGUGCAUACCUCAUGCCUGAUAAGCGGUGCUAUGCUUUCACCGAGGGGACCAAGUUCCUGUCCCUGGCGAUCGACAUCCUUAACUGGAUCAACGACUCCUCUACUCCGGCCAAUGCGAGUUCCGACGGUCAAACCAAGCUAAACGACACGACCGCCAAGGAACCGGCUGGGGUGAAGAAGGGAGCUGCAGCUGCGACGCGAUCAGGCGCUCUGCUCAGCCAUUUGACGGGUGGUUUGCUGCUUGCCAGUGUUGUCUUCUUCAUCUGCUUCUAA